AUGGACACGGGAAGCCUCGUUCUCGAGGCUGUAGCUGCUGGUGUCAAUUCCACAGACUACGUCAAUCGAACAACACCCAUUUACUCCAUAAAUCCCGACUUUAUUUCACAAUGGAAACUUAAGAAAAAACAAGAGAGAAUCUGCAAAGCACUAUAUAAGCGCUUCAUCAACUUCCCUGCAUGCCAGCGUCUCCUAGGUCUUCCAGUAUAUCGACCCAUAUACGAUGGCGGAGAUCUCUAUCCCUGGACAAACAAUGACAGUAUGAUCGACUGGAGCUACUUCAACAUCAGCCUCAAUGGUCCAUUUGAUGAGGGUCUGUGGAAUGCAACGACACAGCUCAUGACAACACCCAAGCCCAAUGGACCUGUUCCUGUUCUGCCGCCCUUUGAACUCUGGCAAACCAUCUUCAUUGCCAUCUGCCUGGCACUCUGUAUCAUUCUCACGGUUGGUGGCAAUACUCUUGUGCUACUUGCCUUCAUGGUGGAUCGCAGCAUUCGGCAGCCCAGCAACUACUUCAUCGCAUCCCUCGCUUGCACCGAUAUGCUCAUAGGAACUGUUUCAAUGCCCUUCUACACGGUUUACGUGCUGAUGGGGUAUUGGGAUCUUGGUCCUCUGCUCUGUGAUCUCUGGCUCUCCGUGGACUAUACCGUGUGCCUCGUGUCUCAGUACACCGUCUUACUCAUAACAAUAGAUCGCUUCUGUUCAGUUAAAAUAGCCGCCAAGUACCGCAGCUGGCGCACAAAACAGAAAGUGAUCUGGAUGGUGACAAUCACAUGGAUAAUUCCAGCUCUCCUAUUCUUCAUAUCAAUCUUUGGGUGGGAACACUUUGUGGGCUAUCGGGACUUGCAGCCGGGUCAGUGUGCUGUACAAUUCCUCAAGGAUCCUGUGUUCAACACUGCCUUAAUUAUUGGUUACUACUGGACAACACUAGUGGUACUCUUUGUCCUCUAUGGUGGCAUCUACAAGACUGCCUAUGAGAUGCAGAAAAAGAGUGAAGCCAAGCAGCGAAAGAUGCAAUCAAUGGUGGCUCUGAGUGCUGGAGCAAUGACUGGAAUGGCAGGAAGGGCUGCUGGAAUUGGGAUAUCAAAGACACAGAGCACACUACUGAGUCAGGACAAACCAAAAGCCCUGCCCAGUGUUACUCAAACAUCCACAGUGCCACAAUCAUCAUCAUCAUCUUCCAAUCAGGCCAAUUUUGGGGAGGAAACCAACAAGAAGACACACAAAGAGGGAAGAGAAAAGCGCAGGGAUAAAGAUGCCAAUGAGGGGGACAAGAGUGAAAGAUCCAGCAGUCCGGCUUUUGAUUCGGACGAAGAAAGUUCAGCCCAGCAGCAACAGCAGGAGCGUCAGAAGAAGGUGCAACAGGAGAGAAAGCGUUCCUCCAUUGCAGGGUUGAUGGUUGGUGUUCAUGCCCCAGUUCUGGCUGCCAGGGUCAAUGGUGCGAUAGGUCAGAAGGCCAGUGAGGUGCCAAAGAAGACACCGUCGCCUUUAACACCAAAUUUGCCUAGAAUUCAGGAGACGAGCCUUCUUGACACCCAAAAUGGACAAAGUACGCUUGAUAGAGUCCCCCUUCAGCCCGUUCCUGUUCAAUCCCCCAUUUCUCCGCAGGAUAUUGCCCCUCCUGAGAUCCCACCCGAGCAGCAUCGGCUGCGCCUUUCCCAUCCCAUUUUACCACCUCCGGACGCCUUCCAGAGUAGUCCUCCCGUGGCAGAUAGCCCCAAAGCUUCGGUGCGUCCCCGAAGCUUAACGGUGAGUAGCCAUGGUGAGUAUAAUCUCACUUAUGACAUUCUAGGGGGUAUGGAUGGGGCAGAUCUGCGCUUCAUGGACGAGAGUUCGGUGGUUGUGCCGUCGCCACCAAAUGAGAGUCCACCCACGUCAAUUAGUCUCCCACCCGCGCGUCCAGCCGCCCCCAACCAAAGUGCCGCCAAUCCCAGUCUCCUCCACAAAGCCCUCAUUCGUGCCACGGCCCAGCUCCAGCCCCCGGAUCAUGCCAAAUUCCACACAGCCGUCUCAGUUGAUCGGCCGGACCAGAAACCGGUGACGUCCAUCGUCCAGGACACCUGCCACAUCGAUGCCCACAAGGCCGAAUCAACGAAAUCCUCAACGGAUGCAGCCACACCGAGUGUCUCGGCUGCACCCGAACCCCCUUCUUCCACCGAUUCCAGGCGCCGUGGGGAUUUUAUCCGGUCCAUAGGGAAGCGCCUGAAAGGCAAAAAGAAGUCUCCGGGAGGGCCAGGAGCUGGUCGACAGAAGUCCAAGUCUGAAAAUCGUGCAAGAAAAGCCUUCAGGACAAUUUCAUUCAUUCUGGGAGCUUUUGUGGCUUGCUGGACGCCAUAUCAUGUACUGGCCCUCGUGGAGGGCUUCUGUAAAUCACCUCCAUGCACCAAUGAGCAUCUCUACAUGUUUUCUUAUUUCCUCUGCUAUGCCAACAGUCCCAUGAAUCCCUUUUGCUAUGCUCUUGCCAAUCAGCAGUUCAAAAAAACUUUUACACGUAUCCUCAAGGGAGACUUUCACAUGACUUAA